AUGCUGGGGUCUUCGAGGUCCCUUAUUAAAGCAUUAGAUCUGGUUUUAUCGAAAAAUGACGAGACAGAGCCGAGCAAAGAGGAGACUGCGAGUUUCAACAACAUCAUCAGCCAGUAUUUCCAAAAGCACAAUAACUUGGCAACCAUCCAACAGUCUACGAGUAUCAGCGAUGAGCUUUACGAACUAUACAACAAAUACGUCAAACCCUCGCAGAAUAUCGAUAAGGAGUACAAGUUCUUGGAGGUGCUAUCGAAGGUUUGUGGAGUUUUCAACCACAAGGAGUCGCACUUGUGGGUGCGAACCUAUUUGCGGCCCAUGAUAGACAGCGCCGGGUACGACUCUAGGUUUGUUGAAGAAGCACGUGUUUUUUUGAAAAGCCUCGUGAUUGACUAUGGCACGUCGCAGGACCCCGGGUUGUUGGACUUGAGGGAAAAAUUUGCAACUUCAGUGAUUCAAAUGUUGCUAAACAUCUAUCUCGAUGAAGAUGUGAUGCAUUCUCAGCUCAGCAUGCAAGUUGCCCCAGAACAAAAGGACACACAAACCUACCACGAGCGGAAACGGUUUAUUCGAUACAACUGCGCUCAGCUUUUAAAGAGCUACGGCGUGGCGCAUGUUGAACUAUACUGCCGAGUUCUCGAUGAACACAUUCAAAAUGUCGACCAUAGAGCCGAAGGGCUUAUACUCUUUGCAGAUCUCGUUGGGUCUCAAAAACCGUGCAUUGCCAAAGUGGCCGACUUGCCCAUUUUUUUGAGUUUGAUGAGAUGCAUUUGCUACGAUUUCAACGGGGCGAUUGUGCACUCGGCAUUGACUGUGCUUCUCAUGCUACUACCGCAAGUAAGCACAUCGUUAGGAGCGCACUUGCCUGAUUUGUUGGUGAUGUAUAGCAGGAUACUCAGCUGGCACGAGUUUAACAAGUUCAUCCCCAACAGGUUUGAAAAUUUCCACGAGUAUGCCAAUGACACUGGGAUGUGGAGAGUAGCGCGAGAAACUCGAUCGCCGUCUGGCACGGAGGUUAUAUUUGACUAUCAGCAUUACGCCACGCUCUUGUAUGGACUUUUCCCGUUUAAUUUCUUUGAAUUUGCACGAGCUCCUUAUGAGUACUUUAACAAGCGUGCUCCGCAAUUGAUGACGGUGGGGUUUUUCAAGCAUUUGGAAGCGAGCGUAUCGAGUCCAAGUUUUGUGAUUGAGGACUAUACAAAGUCGGUGACCAAGUCCUUGUUGGUGACGUUUUUGCUUCAUCCAAAGUGUCUCGCGCAAUGUCAUCUUAAAGUGGAACCUGAGCUGGAACUGGAACUGGACCUCGAUCUCGUUCUCGACGAGGAGAUCAGUAACCCUAUAAGUUGGAUAGAAAGUGAUGGUCAAAAGAAAGAAAACCAAUCAUUAUCUUCUGAAGAUGUUGCAACCGCGUGCUUAUCUUUGAAUCCAAACUUGUUGAUGAAUGCAAACUCCAUCGUCAACUACCACCCCGCAUUGGAACUCAACCGGUUGGAUAAGAUUAUAUCCAGAAAGUCGUCGAUGUCGGGGCCGAUAUAUAUGCUGACUAGUGGCGCGUCAAAGGCGUUGCUUGCGAACAACUUGCCAGGAAGAAGAGUUUCGAUAGUACCGACGAAUUUUGUCAUUGACAAUGCAGAAGGAACAAUCAAGUUUCAAGAUGUAAACUUUGAUACAAACUCGUGGGAGAACGGGCAGAAUGCAAAUCAGAGUUUUGUGCUGGACGGAGCAAGUGUCAAGAAUAACACAGUUGCAAAUGCAAAUGCAAAUGCAAGUGCAGGUGCAAGUGCAGGAGAACCAUUACCCGAGUUGCUCGAGCAGCACGAGCAUUUAUUUCUGACCAAUUUGAAACAUAUCAAACGAUUAAAUACCCACCCCGUAGCACACCAAACAGCAGCACCACCACCAGAUCCCAUGUACAAAAACUCCAUGCAUGAAACACUCAGCCCCGUUUCGGAAACUCGGAGUAUCCGUUUUGACCAUGAUGGGGACAGAAACGAUGUGAAAUUGCUGCGACCAAUGUCGUCUCCCACAACAACGUUGGAGACGGUUAGCGCCUCCAAGGAAAAACAGUAUUCGAAUCUGAGCUUUUGCGCUGAAAUGAGUACUUUAAACGGGAGCGGGCUUAAGCCUUAUUAUAGCAUGAACGACGAGAAUGGCACCAGCAUUGAUUUCUACCAGCGAGAGUUGUUGUUGUAUAAAAAUGAGAUUGAAUUCACCAGUUAUAUGAAGCACUUGAACAAGAUCCAUUACUCGAAAUUAAGGAAAGCUGUGGCGAGCGAAAAGAUGGAUGAAGGGGGACGUGUAGCGGAAGAGAUUCACGAGUUGGAAAAAAUAGUCGAUGCUUUGAAACAGGAUAUUAUAUCGCAGGGGAACAAGAGCAAGUUGGAUGAGCAGAGUGUGCUUCUUGAGCAGAUACGAGAGUUGAGAGAUGCGAACGAGCUGUUGUUGGAGCAAGUCAAGGGGCUGGAGGUUGCCAUGGAGGUUGAGCGUGCUAAUAUGGAAAAAGUGUUGAAAGAGGAUAUUCCCAAUAAGGAUUUUGAGAUUGAGCAGCUCAAGAUUCAAGUAGCAGUGCUCGAGCAGGAGAAAGCAAGAGCCACGAGAGACAACAACGCUCGAGAAAGUGAAGACACGAACCACAGCAAGCAAAACCAUGAGGGUCAGCUCGUGUCGAGUAAGCAUAAACAAGAGCAUGAGACCCAGUUGUACAACAUGAAAAUCCAACUUCAAUUGGCUCAUGAAAAAGUGCACCAGAUGUCACGGGAAUACAAGGAGUUGGAGGAUUCCUACAAUAUAACCGUCAAUGAGUACGACAAGAAGGUCGCCAACUCAAAGCUUGCAAUAAGCAACGCCAUAUCUUCGUACGCUUUGAAAUACGAGAAAAAGAACCAGGAGCUCGCUACCGCAUUGGUUAAAUUCGAGAAGCUCUUAGAGGAGAAGGAUCUCAAGAUUGCGCGGCUCUCAGCCUCGAACCCAAUCCCAAUCAAUGGCGCCUAUAACCAGUUUCGCCAACAGAGCAACAGCUCGAUCACGCUGGGACGCACAAAUGACGCGUACGAGGGCGAAGACCUCAUGGGCUACUCCUUCAAUCCAAAAGGCACGUUGCAUACACCUGCACCCAUACUGCAGAUGAGGAGGCAUAGCUCAAGCAAAGGCAGCGAGGAUGCUGGCGGUGCUCCUUUGUCGCACCUGAAACCGCCACCGUUGACUAGUCCGCUUACUAGUGACAAUUUGCCCAUCUUGAAAGGUCGGGGCGGCUACCAGAAGCGGUCCAAGAAAAUGAUGUGA